CGUCUCAGGUCCGCUUCGAAGCCCGGACCGAGCUCACCAUGCCGAACCGCAAGGCCAGCCGCAACGCCUACUAUUUCUUCGUGCAAGAGAAGAUCCCUGAACUGCGCCAGCGAGGCCUCCCGGUGGCUCGCGUCGCCGAUGCCAUCCCGUACUGCUCCGCCGACUGGGCCCUCCUGCGGGAGGAAGAAAAGGAGAAAUACGCCGAAAUGGCCCGGGAGUGGAGGGCCGCCCAGGGAAAGGACCCCGGGCCUUCGGAGAAGCAGAAUCCUGUGUCCACACCACUGAGGAAGCCAGGCAUGCUUGUACCAAAGCAGAAUGUUUCACCCCCGGAUAUGUCAAGCUUGUCUCUGAAAAAUGAUCAAGCUCUCCUUGGAGGCGUUUUUUAUUUUUUGAACAUUUUUAGCCAUGGUGAGCUACCUCCACAUUGUGAACAGCGCUUCCUUCCUUGUGAAAUUGGCUGUGUUAAAUAUUCUCUCCAAGAUGGUAUUUUGGCAGAUUUCCACAGUUUCAUAAAUCCUGGGGAAAUUCCACGAGGAUUUAGGUUUCAUUGUCAGGCUGCAAGUGAUUCUAGCCACAAGAUUCCUAUUUCAAACUUUGAAUCUGGGCAUGACCAUGCAACUGUGUUAACAAACCUGUAUAGAUUCAUUAAUCCAAACCCAGGGAACUGGCCGCCUAUCUAUUGCAAGUCUGAUGAUAGACCCAGAGUCAACUGGUGCUUGAAGCAUAUGGCUAAGACAUCAGAAAUAGGGCAUGAUCUGAAACUACUUACUGUGGAGGACCUUGUAGUGGGAAUCUACCAAGAAAAAUUUCUCAAGGAGCCUUCUAAGACCUGGGUUCGGAGCCUCCUAGAUGUGGCCAUGUGGGAUUAUUCUAGCAACACAAGGUGCAAGUGGCAUGAAGAAAAUGAUAUACUCUUCUGUGCUCUUGCUGUUUGCAAGAAGAUCGCGUACUGCAUCAGUAAUUCUCUAGCCACUCAUUUUGGAAUCCAGCUCACAGAGGCUCAUGUUCCACUCCAAGAUUAUGAGGCCAGUAAUAGUAUGACACCCAAAAUGGUUGUGUUGGAUGCAGGACGUUACCAGGUGACAUCUCUCAUUUCUCAUGAGCCUAGAUUUGAGAAGCUAAGGCUUGAGAGUACAGGAUAUCCUCAUUUUAACUCUUCUAAUCACUACCAAAGAGCAAACAUAGCCACUGAUGACUACCCAUCGGGAGUGAAAAUUUCUGGCCAAAACAGUGUCCGGGGAAGAGGCAUUACUCGUCUGCUAGAAAGCAUUUCUAAUUCCCCUGGCAGUAUCCAUAAAUUCUCCAACUGUGAGACUUCACUGUCGCCUUACGUGUCCCAAAAAGAUGGAUACAAAUCUUUCUCUUCCUUGUCUUAAUGAUGGUACUUACUUUCAAUUUCUGGAAAAGUAACAGCCCAACCUCCCUUCUUAGAGCAGUCAAUAAACAGAGCACAUCAAGGAUAAAAAUAUCAGUACUAUUAAAGCUACAUAAUUUUGUAAGGAAAUUCAGUUUCAUAGAUUAAAAAUAAUUGUGGUUGGAGAAGAACUUGGAUUUUUGCUUUUAUGUAUCUUGGGGGCUGAUGCUAUUUCCUGACUGUACUGUGGGAAUGCUAUUAAAGUUUUGGGUCCUAUAAGA